AUGCUAGAUAAAUCUGUGAUCGUGUUCAUAGAUGAUAUUCUAGUCUAUUCGCGAAGCAAGGCUGAACAUGCGAGGCACUUGCGAGAAGUACUUGAAAUUCUCGGUAAGGAAAAACUUUAUGCAAAAUUCUCAAAGUGCGCCUUCUGGCUCAGAGAGGUGCAGUUUCUGGGUCAUGUGAUCAAUUCGGAAGGUGUUUUAGUAGAUACGCCAAAGAUUGAGGCAAUAAUGAAAUGGGUUUCCCCGAAAAAUCCAACUGAAAUAAGAAGUUUUCUAGGCCUCAUGGGGUACUAUAGAAGGUUCAUACAGGAUUUCUCGAAGAUAGCAUUACCCUUAACAAAACUGAAAAGGAAGAAAGAGAAGUUUGUGUGA